GAGCGAAGUCACUGAACAAGCCACCAGGCUAUGAUCCCAGGGGCUCUACUGAUGCUGCUGGGGGCGCUGGGGGCGCCGCUCGCCCCAGGCGUCCGCGGCUCGGAGGCAGAGGGCCGCCUCCGGGAGAAACUUUUCUCUGGCUAUGAUAGCUCUGUGCGGCCAGCGCGGGAGGUGGGAGACCAUGUCAGGGUCAGCGUUGGUCUCAUCCUGGCACAACUCAUCAGCCUGAACGAGAAGGAUGAAGAGAUGAGCACAAAGGUGUACUUAGACCUGGAGUGGACUGACUACAGGCUGAGCUGGGACCCUGCGGAGCACGACGGCAUCGAUUUGCUGCGCAUCACGGCGGAAUCCGUGUGGCUCCCUGACUUGGUGCUACUGAACAACAAUGAUGGGAAUUUUGACGUGGCUCUGGACAUUAACGUCGUGGCGUCCUCCGACGGCUCCGUGCGUUGGCAACCCCCGGGCAUCUACCGCAGCAGCUGCAGCAUCCAGGUCACCUACUUCCCCUUCGACUGGCAGAACUGCACUAUGGUGUUCAGUUCCUACAGCUACGACAGCUCGGAGGUCAGCCUGCAGACAGGCCUGGGUCCUGACGGGCAAGAGCAGCAGGAAAUCCACAUUCAUGAAGGGACUUUCAUUGAGAAUGGCCAGUGGGAGAUUAUCCACAAGCCGUCUCGGCUAAUCCAGCCUCCAGGUGAUCCUAGGGAAGGGAGGGAAGGACAGCGCCAGGAAGUCAUCUUCUACCUCAUCAUCCGCCGGAAGCCUCUCUUCUACCUGGUCAACGUCAUCGCCCCAUGCAUCCUCAUCACUCUUCUGGCCAUCUUCGUCUUCUACCUGCCACCAGAUGCAGGAGAGAAGAUGGGGCUCUCAAUCUUUGCCCUGCUGACCCUUACUGUGUUCCUGCUGCUACUGGCUGACAAAGUACCUGAGACCUCCCUGUCGGUACCAAUUAUUAUCAAGUACCUCAUGUUUACCAUGGUCCUCGUCACCUUCUCAGUCAUCCUUAGUGUCGUGGUUCUCAACCUGCACCACCGCUCACCCCACACCCACCAAAUGCCCCUUUGGGUCCGUCAGAUAUUCAUUCACAAACUGCCGCCGUACCUGGGUUUAAAAAGGCCCAAGCCCGAGAGAGAACUGAUGCCGGAGCCCCCUCACUGUUCUUCUCCAGGAAGUGGCUGGGGUCGAGGAACAGAUGAAUAUUUCAUCCGGAAGCCGCCAAGUGAUUUUCUCUUCCCCAAACCCAACAGGUUCCAGCCUGAACUGUCUGUCCCUGAUCUGCGGCGAUUUAUCGAUGGUCCAAACCGGCCUGUGGCCCUGCCUCCGGAGCUACGGGAGGUCGUCUCCUCUAUCAGCUACAUCGCUCGACAGCUGCAGGAACAGGAGGACCACGAUGCGCUGAAGGAGGACUGGCAGUUUGUGGCCAUGGUAGUGGACCGCCUCUUCCUGUGGACUUUCAUCAUCUUCACCAGCGUUGGAACCCUAGUCAUUUUCCUGGACGCCACAUACCACUUGCCCCCUCCAGAUCCCUUUCCUUGAAGACUGGAGGGUCGAGACCCAGGCCCUGUACCAGUUGAAGUGAGAGUCUGGUGAUACUGUCAUGCCAUAUCCUUCUCUGCCUCUUAACUCCUUCACUAGGAAUCCGGGCCUCUUAUUUCGUUUCUGGGGACUGCACUGGACUGAGGGCUGGGUAGGCAGGUGUCUUGGACCCAUCUGAAAUGCACUAUCAUCUGAUUUACUCUUUGGGAUCUUGAAGAAGCUCUUUUGGGUAUCAACACCUAGGUUGCCAGUGAAAUAGAACAAAGAACAGGAACUAGAUUGUAAGCCUUAUGAGGUCAAGAAAUGUGUCUUGCUCACUGUAACAUAGGUAAGUGCUUAACAUUUGUUGAAUAGGGGAAAUAAAUUUCUGGAAGUAAAUACAGCAAUUAGUAAUGUUUAUAAGCUGGGCAUGGUCGCUCAGGCCAGUAAUCCCAGUGACUUGGGAGGCUGAGGUGGGAGGAUUACUUGAACCCCACAGUUGGACACCAGCCUGGGCAACAUAGUGAGACUCUGUCUCUAAAAAAAUAAAAAUAGAAAUAAAGUAGCUUAUUGUUUGCA